AUGCCUCGAGAGGACUUGCGGCUCCUGGUGAAGCAGGAACGGAACCUGAGGAGCUUAAUGGACAGCAUGCAAGAGUUUUUGAACGAAUACCAAGCGGAACGAGAUUACAUAUCUUUGAAGUAUCGGAUGCAGAAACUGGAUGAGGUGUACGACAAGUUCAUUCGAGUGCGAGAAAACAUUGAGGUGAUCACCGACGAUGUGGAAAUGGAUGUUGGAUUGGAAGGCGACGAUGAGCAGUCAGCUCUCGAACGUGCGAUGCGAAUCAGCGAGCGCGAAGAGGUCAAUAUGCGCAUCAUCAAGGAUUUUGAGAACCGUUUUUUUGAAAUAAAGCAUAGUUUGGGAGUGCUUGAAGCAGCCGAAAGUCGUUCCUGUACCAGUGUUCAAACUGUCAAACCAUCAACAGCGGUUGAUUCAAUGCCAAGAAUUAAGCUCCCCGAAUUGAAACUACCGACAUUUAGCGGAAAGUUGCAGGACUGGAUCACUUUUCGUGAUACAUUCACCAGCAUGAUCCACAACAAUGCGCAUCUAUCCGAUAUUGACAAGUUUACCUAUCUGCGAACGUCGUUGACAGAUGAUGCAUUAAUCGAAAUAGGAUCCAUCGAAUUGACAUCGGCUAACUACACCAUAGCCUGGCGAACACUCGAAAACACUUUCGAAAACAGAAAGCUGCUUGUGAAGUCAUAUCUCGACGUAUUGUUUGCUGUCAGUCCUAUGAGUGAAGAAUCUUAUGAUCAGCUUAAUAGAGUGGUAAAGGAUUUUGAGACAACGUUAAUGAUGCUUCAAAAGGUCGGUGUUGAAACUGAUGGGAUGUCAACCAUUCUUCAGCAUAUGGUGUGUCAACGUCUGGAUGCUGCUACUCUACAACGCUGGGAAUCUUACCACAACUCUAAGGAGGUUCCAUCGUAUAGGCAAUUGAUGGAAUUUUUGAAGUCAAGAUGUCUGGUACUUCAUAACAUCUCGCUAGUUCACUCUGUUCAAGGGGAAGUGAAGAGGCAGUCUCGUUUUCCAGCAGUAGGUCAUCCCGGUAUACAACAGACGAACCAGACAGAUCUAACGCACAUCCCCAACCCGAGCAUGAAUAACCUCCCAUCCUCAAGUACCACAGAUAAUCCUUCUACUAGCCACAGUUCUGUAUUGUCCGCAAAUCCUACCACUCUUCCGAACACUGUCCUGCUAUCUACAGCAGUUUUAACAAUUGGGGAUGAAUACGGGAAUAUCAUUCCAGCUCGAGCUUUAUUGGACUCAGGGUCACAGCUAUGUUUCAUGACUGAAAGGAUCGCUCAGUCUUUGAAAUUUCAUCGAUAUCGAGAGUAUCUUCCUGUCAAAGGCAUUGGGCAAUCGAAAACUUGUUCCACCCAGUCUGUUUUCGCUUCGAUUGGUUCACGGUGUUCUGAUUACCGCUCUACUUUGAAAUUCCACGUUCUCCCGAAAGUCACGGCUGAUAUUCCAGUGAAAAGGAUCGACAUCGGUAGUUGGCAGAUACCUCCAGGAAUAACCAUGGCAGAUCCCGAGUUCCAGAAUCCUGGUGGUAUUGAUCUCAUUCUUGGAGCAGAAGUCUUUUAUGAUCUGCUGUUGGACGGGCAGCACAAGUUAGAUAGCAUUGGGCCUAUACUGCAGAAUACUCAACUUGGUUGGGUUGUUUCCGGCAAGGUUUCCGAAAAAUCCAGAGUUCAAGCCACUGUUUCAGCUUCUUGUACCGAAGAACGGGUUAAUGAAUUACUAACUCGUUUUUGGGAGUUAGAAGCUUGCCACAAUUCUAGUACGCUUUCACUGGAAGAAUCGGAGUGUGAGAAGAUUUUUGAAGAUACUACUACGAGAGACUCAUCUGGAAGGUUCGUUGUUAAGCUCCCUAGGAAGGACUUCCUAAUCCGUCUGCUGGGGGAAUCAAGAAGUCAAGCCGAGCGUCGUUUUUGGUCUUUGGAGUGCCGUUUAAAAUCAAACCCUGAGUUGAAAGAGGAGUACAGCUCAUUCAUUCACGAGUAUCUGGAGCUUAAUCAUAUGCGUGAAGUUAUUGCUGAAGAGGAAGGAGAUAUAUCAAAACCGCCGCCAUAUUACAUGCCACAUCAUCACGUAUUGCGUCCUGAAAGUUCUACUACUAAACUACGCGUAGUUUUUGACGCGUCCGCUACAACGACGUCUGGAAUUUCGUUGAAUCAAGCACUGAUGGUCGGACCUGUACUCCAGGAAGAUUUAGUGUCCAUAGUUCUUCGCUUCAGAUUGCACAGAAUCGCUAUAGUUGCAGACGUAGCGAAAAUGUAUAGGAUGAUUAAUGUAGUCCCCGAAGAUCGUCGUCUACAGAGAAUUGUUUGGAGAGAUUCACCAGAUGAGCCUUUAAGGACAUUUGAACUAACUACCGUUACGUACGGCACCGCGUCUGCCCCCUAUCUAGCCACGAAAUGCCUACAACGACUUGCGGAAUGCGGGAAGAAGAAGUACCCUAUUGCGGCCAAGACUCUGAGUGAAGAUUUUUAUAUGGACGAUUGUUUAACGGGUGCAGAUACUAAGGAGGAAAGCAUCAAAAAAUGCUGUGAACUGAAUGCUCUAUUGUCGUCUGCGAAAAUGCUUUUAAGAAAAUACAACUCGAACAACGUAGAAGUUCUUUCGGUUCUACCUGGCGAGCUCCGAGACGAUAGGAUUUCCCUGGAGCUUGAUGCAUCGCAGACUAAAAUUAAGACACUGGGCCUCAUUUGGGAUACACAAUCGGAUUGCUUCCAUUUCUCUGUGCCUCAGUGGAAUUCUUCUACAGAAAUAAACAAGCGUAUCAUUCUCUCCGACUUUGCCCGUUUGUUCGAUCCCCUAGGAUUGGUCGGUCCUGUUAUGGUUCAGGCCAAGAUAUUUCUCCAGGAGCUCUGGAAGCAGAACUGUUCCUGGACGGAAACGCUUUCCAAUCCUUUCCAGCAAUGGUGGCUGGAAUAUCGGAGCAACUUGGCUGGACUAUCCAAUUUACAAGUUCCACGAUGGGUCGCCUUUGGUUCGGAUGUUAUCUCCGUUGAGCUUCAUGGCUUCUGCGACGCUUCCACUAAGGCCUACGGGGCCUGUAUCUACCUGCGUUGUACGCGUUCCAACGGAAUAAUUUCGGUAAAUCUUCUGAUCUCCAAGUCUCGAGUAGCACCUCUGGAUGAUGUCAAGCGUAAGAAGAAGAAAAUGACAAUACCAAGGUUAGAGUUAUCGUCUGCCCUCUUACUCAGCCACUUAUACGAAAAGGUGACAGGCAGUUUAAGAAUUUCUGCGAAAUGUUUCUUUUGGACGGAUUCCACCAUUGUGAAGUGCUGGCUCUCUUCGCCACCGUCACGGUGGCAAAUGUUUGUUGCUAACAGAGUCAGCGAAAUCCAGCAUUUAACAAAAGAUGGAGUUUGGAAUCACGUUGUUGGUAUGGAAAAUCCUGCGGACGUCCUGUCUCGUGGUGCCACUCCUGAAGAACUACUAAAUCAUGAGCUUUGGUGGCGAGGUCCAGAUUGGUUGGAACUCUCACAUGACGCAUGGCCGAAAACUGGAGGUACCGAUGAAACGGAGUUUGAGCACACACUUCUUGAAGAGGCUGCAGUUGCUGGACCCGCUCAAGUGGAUUCACCGAAUGAGAUAUUUUUAUUGAAGAGUUCGUUCACCACACUGGUUGAUCUAGUCGCAUUCUGCCGAAGAUUUUCUUUCAACUGUAAGAAUAGAAACAGCCAUCGCGUAGGAUGUUUAACAGUCACCGAAAGAGAGGAAGCUUUACGAGUACUCGUUAAACUAGCUCAGAAAGAAUGUUUUCCUCAAGAUAUAUCCGCUGUCGAUUACACGGGUGAAGUUAAAAACACUUCAAAGCUGAAAUCGCUUCGCCCACAACUGGUUAACGGAAUUCUGGUCGUCGGAGGUCGUUUAGAGAACGCACCGAUUGCUGUUGGAAGGAAGCAUCCUAUAAUCCUUGAUAAUCAUCACCCGUUUACGCUGCUGAUCGUCAACCACUACCACCUCGUCAUGUUGCAUGCUGGACCCCAACUACUCACCGCUUGUCCACGAGCUAUGGAACAAGUUAUGGCAGAUCUUCCAACAGAACGCGUAUCGCCUGCACCUCCUUUCGCUCGAGUCGGCGUGGAUUAUUGUGGACCAUUCAAGUAUCGGUUUCCUAUCCGCAACUCUGCGCCGCGCAUCUGCUACGUUGUGAUCUUUGUUUGUUUGGUUACGAAGGCUUGCCACAUCGAUAUGGUUCAGGAUCUUACAACCGACGGGUUCAUCGCCGCUCUACACAGAAUGAUUGGACGUCGAGGACAACCAGAGCUUAUUCUCUGCGACAAUGCUACCAACUUUGUUGGUGCUAAAAGAGAACUCGAUGAUCUAAGGAAGAUGUUCAACUCCCAACGUGCUGCUCUUUCCGAAGCCGCCGCCAAAAAUUGCAUAGAGAUGAAGUUUAUUCCACCACGAGCUCCUAAUUUCGGCGGUCUUUGGGAAGCCGCUGUAAAAUCUAUGAAGUACCACUUGAAGCGUGUUGUUGGCUCUGAAAUAUACACCUACGACGAGUUCUACACCCUACUGACGCAGAUUGAGGCAUGUUUAAAUAGUCGACCGCUAACACCGCAACGGGACGAUCCAGCAGAUCUUGAAGUUCUCUCUCCUGGGCAUUUCUUCGUGCACCGUCAACUAACCGCCUUACCUGAACCGUCACUUGAUCAUCUCCGAGAAAAUGUUUUAUCUCGCUGGCAAAGAGUUCAACGCCAUAUGCAAACAAUUUGGAAGAAGUGGUCAACUGCCUAUCUGUCCGACUUGCAAAACCGUGUCAAAUGGACAAGACAGCAGCCGAAUUUGAAAGAAGGCAUGAUGGUGAUCAUCAAGGAGGAAAACUUGCCACCGUUGAAGUGGGCACUUGGACGAAUCACUGCACUGCAUCCAGGGCCUGAUGGAAAUGUCCGCGUUGCUGACAUUCGCACGGAAGAUGGCAUCAAAUCUAGAGCAAUCUCCAAAAUUUGCUUGUUACCAAUCCGGGACAACGAUCCCGAACCAGCUGCAAGAGAAGAAAAGUUCAUCGGAGUCAUCACCGAGCAUCGUAGUAGUAUCGGCGCAAUGAGCGCCCGCGGUGGCUCGAAGCCACCGCUUCAGGGAAGUCGUUUAGUUAACGGGGCCAAUAGGCCGGGUACCUUGGUCAACGGUGUGCUUCCCGAUCGCAACCCACAACCAUGA